GAAAAAAAACAGAAACUAACGGUUUUUUCCCGUGUUCUAUAUUCUGAUAAUAGCGCUGGAAUAGACCUAAAAGCUGCCGAGUCCUAAAACAUAAUUCUAGCUAUUACGUCGCCGAAGCCGAAACAAGACCGCACUGCUUAACUUGCUUACUACGGUCACUAAUCGCCGGUCGCCAUUUUCAAAUGGCUAAGGAAGAGAAUGAAAUUAAUGGAUUGAGUUCUCAGAAUGAAGGGUAUCCCAAUUCCACUGAGGAAAGGGUGCGGAGUAGGAAGAAUAAAAAGAAAAGACAGUUGCAGGACAGUGUGAAGACAGAAGAUGAACAGGAGGUCAAUGGAGAUAGCGAUUCAACAGAAGAGAAUUCACAAUCUGGUGAUAUAAGAGUAGAAAGUAGAAAAAAGAAGACAAAGAACAAAUUUUUAGAAAAAACUGGCACAAGUGAGGAAAGUUGUAAAAAAUCUGGUGGUGGGAGAAAAAAGAAAGGGAAAAAGAAUAGAGAAAAGCAAUUAUUACAGGAAAUUGCUGAGGAUGAAGAAUUGCAAGAUGCUAAUACAGAAGGUUUCCAAGAAGAUGUGUAUCCAGCAGCUGAAGGUGGAAAAAUUGACGAGGAGAAUUUAUUAUCGAAUGAAAUUACAGAGGGUGAAGAUGAGCAAGAGGACAAUGGAAUAAAACCUGUUAAAGAAAACCAUAGGCUUAAAAAGAAAAAGAAGCAUUUAUUAAAGGAAGCAGCUAAGGCUGAAAAUCGUGGUGUUUGCUACUUGAGCCGAAUUCCUCCUGGCAUGAAUGAUGUGAUACUUCGUCAGAUGCUUUCCCAAUAUGGAGAGAUACAAAGGAUUUACCUUGUACCUAAAGCUAAAGGCCCUGCUGCUCAAGUACGCCGCAAAAAAGUUGAUGGAUUUCGAGAUCAAGAAUUUUCUGAAGGGUGGGUUGAAUUUGCCAAUAAGAUCGUCGCCAAAAGGGUUGCCAGUAUGUUAAAUGGUGAACAGAUUGGUGGGAGGAAGAGGUCAAAAUUCUAUUAUGAUCUUUGGAAUAUUAAGUACUUGACUAAAUUCAAAUGGGAUGAUCUUACAGAAGAAAUUGCUUACAAGAGUGCUGUUCGGGAGCAGAAAUUAGCUCUAGAACUAUCUGCUGCAAAGAGGGAACGGGAUUUCUAUCUCAAUAAAGUGGAUCAGUCUCAUGCUUUGAGUUCUAUAGAAGAACGUUUAAAGAAGAAGCAAAAGAUCCAACAGGACGCAGGUGGGCAAGUCACUGUUAUUGAGCGAGUACCGAAGGUCAUCCGUCAAUUCCCACAGAUAAAACCAGUUGCUAAUAAAGCUGAAGAAAGGAAAUCUCACCUCUCGAAAGACAUUCUGGCUGGGGUUUUUGGUGCUUGAUAGUUGGCAAGUCUUUUGAAGCUUUUGGGAAUGUUCAUAUCAUAUGAAGAGCUUAGAGGAGGAUACUGUAUGCUGCAUCACUUUUCUAUGAGUCUAGCUAAUUGAGCAUCUUACAAUUUUAUUACUAUUUUUAACAAUUUUUGAUGAUAAUUACAAUUUUGUUAUGUAAUCACUUUAGCUAGGAGCAUCAUGGACAUGGCAACCUAUGCACUGUAAACAUCUUAAGAAGCACAAUUAAUACUCCAUGUAUCUACCGUCUCAAAGGUUUUUUAUUUUUAUUUUUAUUUUUUUAAUGAAUAUCAGUGCUGUGGAGAA